GCCCUUCGCCAGCUGUGGCCAUUUAUGGCUUGAGAAGGGCAGCUGAAGAGGGAGAGAGAGAACAUGGUACAGAUGCUAAGCAGUUCAUAAUGAGGAACUGCUAUGUAGAUGAUGGGCUUGCCUCAUUCUCCAAUGCUGAGGAAGCCAUCACCGUACUGUCAAAUGCAAGAGAGAUGUUGGCAGAGUCAAGCAUCAGGCUACAUAAGAUAGCAUCUAACAGCAACACUGUUUUGGAUGCUUUCCCCCCAGAAGACCUUGCCAAAGGCCUUAAGGAUCUAGACCUGACAUCUGAUUCACUACCACUCCAAUGCAGUUUAGGCCUCAGAUGGGACCUUCAAACAGACAGUUUCUCCUUCUGUGUGUCUGACAAAGAAAAGCCAUUUACAAGAAGGGGAAUCCUUUCAGUGGUCAACAGUCUCUAUGGGCAAGGCACUCGUGAGAGAUGUCUCCACAGAAGAGUAUGAUUGGGACACUCCGCUACCAGAAGACAAAGCAAUCCAGUGGAAUGUCUGGAAAGAUUCCCUCAAGGAACUUAUGCAGCUCCAGAUCCAGAGAACCUACAUCUCUGUUUCUCUGCUCGCCACAGUAUACAGAGAGAUUUGUGUGUUCUCAGAUGCAUCAACUAUGGCUAUAUCAGCUGUAGCAUACCUCAGGGCAAUCGAUACAGAAGGACACAGCCAUGUCGGGUUUAUCAUGGGGAAAUCCAAGCUGGCUCCACGUCCUGCUCACACUGUUCCUUGUUUGGAAUUGUGUGCAGCCGUCUUGGCAGUGGAAAUUGCAGAGACAAUAAUGGAUGACAUCGAUGUAGAGAUUCACAAAGUCAAGUUCUACACAGACAGCAAGAUCGUACUGGGCUACAUACAUAAUGCGUCCAGAAACUUCUAUGUCUACGUGGCAAACAGAGUGACAAGAAUAAGAAGGUCCUCUACCCCAGAGCAAUGGCACUACAUCAACACCAAACUCAAUCCUGCAGAUUACGGAUCUAGGUCUGUCUCAGCGGCUCUCCUACCAGAUACCAACUGGCUGACAGGUCCAGCUUUUCUAAGAAAUCCAGAAGUGGAUGAAGUUCCACAGCCAGAGGCAUUUAACCUUCUGCAUCCUGAGACUGAUGUAGAAGUUCGCCCUCAAGUUUCAACCUAUGCUACGAAAGCCACAAGUGGACUUCCUGGCUCACACCGGUUUGAAAGAUUCUCCAGCUGGAAAUCUCUUACUCGUGCAAUAGCCAAGCUUGUCCAAAAGGCUAGAGUCUUCUGGAAAACUUCAGAUGGUAUCCAGAAAAAAGAUGAACUCAGUCAAGCAAGACUGGUCAUAUUGAAAACAACACAACAAAAUGUGUACAAAGAGGAAAUGAAAAGCCUAGCAAAGGGUGAAGAGUUGUCUCGACACAGUCCGCUCAAGAGUUUGGACCCCAUCCUUGACGAUGAAGGAUUGCUGAGAGUCGGAGGUCGGAAUUCAUCAGCAGACAUGACCUGGGACGAAAAGCAUCCGAUCAUUCUUCCAAAAGACAAUCACAUAUCUACCUUGUUGGUACGAUACUACCACGAACAAGUGGCCCAUCAAGGCAGACACUUCACUGAAGGCGCAGUUCGGACAGCUGGACUGUGGAUAACAGGAAGCAAGAGACUUGUGUCAAGUGUGAUAAACAAAUGCGUCACCUGCAAAAGAAUGAGAGGAAAGCUCGAAGAACAGAACAUGUCUAACUUACCUGCGGAUAGACUUACCUUGAAUCCUCCUUUCCCGAACGUUGGACUUGACGUCUUUGGGCCUUGGACCAUCUUAGCGCGCAGGACAAGAGGUGGAUAUGCAGAGAAUAAACGCUGGGCAGUCAUGUUCACCUGUCUGAGUACACGAGCGGUACACAUCGAGCUCAUAGAGACAAUGUCAACCUCCAGUUUCAUUAAUGCCUUAAGGAGAUUCACCGCCAUCAGAGGGCCUGUGAGACUUCUGCGUUCCGAUCAAGGCACAAACUUUAUUGGAGCUUGCAGAGAACUGCAAAUAAACUCUGAAGACACUGAGUUGAAAGCUCACUUACAGGACAAAGGCUGUACCUGGAUAUUCAAUCCACCACAUUCCUCUCAUAUGGGAGGUGUGUGGGAAAGGAUGAUCGGCAUUGCACGCCGCAUUUUGGAUGCUAUGUUGCUUAAGGACAACUGUCGCCUCUCCCACGAGGUACUUGUGACACUCAUGAGUGAAAUCAUGGCAAUCAUGAAUGCAAGGCCUCUAGUUCCAGUAUCGUCUGAUCCUGACAUGCCAGCAGUUCUCACGCCCGCAAUGUUGCUUACUCAAAAGACUGAUCCAGUAUCUGCUCCUCAAGGGAACAUGGAUCUGAAAGAUCUCUAUAACAAGCAAUGGAGGCAAGUUCAAAGUCUAGCCGAAACUUUCUGGAAACGUUGGAGACAAGAGUACUUGACGACCCUUCAGCCCCGCAAGAAGUGGAAGUCAGAAAGACCAAACUUGCAAGUAGGCGAUGUGGUACUUCUCAAAGACACUCAAGUAAAGAGGAAUGAGUGGCCCACCGGCAUCAUUGAGGAAACCUUCCCCAGCCGUGACGGAAGGAUUCGAAAAGUGAAUGUGAAGAUCAUAAAACAGGGUACCCUUAAGGUUUAUUCCAGACCCGUUUCAGAGGUCGUACUGCUCCUCAGUAGAAAGACAUAGUGGUAUCUUAAAAUACCAGACGGGGAGUGUUAUGCCCCACAAUGUUAUUGUCUAAGACACCUAGUGGUGGAAAUCAGUUUUGCAGUUUGUGUUCUAAUUUGACCCUCCUGUCUUGCCGUAGCCAUCUUAGUGUGGGUGUGUUUCAGAGAGCAGUAGAGAACAGUUGAGAGCAGAUGUCAAACAAACAGGAUGUACUGCAAGCUUUAAGCUUUCUUUUCGACUUUGAAGACUUUGAAGGUCUAAACCUAGCCUACUUUUUCCUUCCCGUGUGUGCCUCACUGAGACGCCUCACCGAGACGACAGGCCCAGACGAGGUCCUGCAGCGACGUCCACCACAUCUUGGUACGCUGGCAGCUCCAUUGCUUUCCCAUUUGCACCACCUGAGAAAUUAUCUGCUUCUCGUGGUUGUAUUGGACUGAAUUUUGGGAUGGUCGGGAGACUGACAGGAAACCAGGCCUUUUUGGUUACCAACCAGAAACAAGCUGUCACCCAAAAUACUUUUUGGCCUUUGGGGACACUUGUCUGUUCUGAUUGCUUUGAUGGGACACCACAGUGGGUCAGAAUCUCAGGGUGGUCCGUGGGAGGUUCACAUGCAGUUGCCUUUCACUGGUAAUGCUGGCCUGUGAGAAUCAUCAACCAAAGACCAAGAAAGUCUACAAGUACUAACCCCUGGGCGUGAAGAAAGUGUGGGUGAAAGGACGGAUGACCACAGGGAAGAUUUCUGAUGGAUUAAAGGCAGGGACUCCAAAGCAUGCAUGCAUUAUGUGGAGAGGGGCGUGGCCUGUGGACCUGCAGCGAAGCGGAGUGUGCCAGGACCGGCUUCGAGAUCAGCGACAGGUGCAUAGACGGCCCACCUCGGCCUGCUUGUCUAAUCACCUGUCACUUUGUUAAAAGGCAGCAGGAGAGGAGAGGCGGAGAGAGCUGGAGCGAGAGACAAACAGAGAAAUACUUGCUGAAAAGCACAACGAAGAGACAUUAUUGAUAAAUAAAACAGUGUCUAAAACACUGGAAAGGAGCUGUCAUGUCGGCGAUAGGUGGUCCGAGGAACCCGGAGGGAAGAAACGUCCA